AUGACGGGCGGAGGCUCUGGAGCAUUUAGAUCCCCACCCCGAGAUCCCCACUCCGAGAUCCCCACCCCGAGAUCCUCACCCCGAGAUCCUCACCCCGAGAUCCCCACCCCGAGAUCCCCACCCCGAGAUCCUCACCCCGAGAUCGCCACCGAGAUCCCCACCGAGAUCCUCAGAUCCCCACCCCGAGAUCCUCACCCCGAGAUCCUCACCGAGAUCCCACCCCGAGAUCCUCACCCCGAGAUCCCCACCCCGAGAUCCCCACCCCGAGAUCCCACCCCGAGAUCCUCACCCCGAGAUCCCCACCCCGAGAUCCCCACCCCGAGAUCCUCACCCCGAGAUCCUCACCGAGAUCCCCACCCCGAGAUCCCCACCCCGAGAUCCUCACCCCAAGAUCCCCACCGAGAUCCCCACCGAGAUCCUCAGAUCCCCACCCCGAGAUCCUCACCCCGAGAUCCCCACCGAGAUCCCCACUCCGAGAUCCUCACCCCGAGAUCCCCACCCCGAGAUCCUCACCCCGAGAUCCUCACCCCGAGAUCCCCACCGAGAUCCCCACCGAGAUCCUCAGAUCCCCACCCCAAGAUCCCCACCCCGAGAUCCUCACCCCGAGAUCCUCACCGAGAUCCCCACCCCGAGAUCCCCACCCCGAGAUCCCCACCGAGAUCCCCACCGAGAUCCUCACCCCGAGAUCCUCACCCCGAGAUCCUCACCCCGAGAUCCUCACCCCGAGAUCCUCACCCCGAGAUCCCCACCGAGAUCCCCACCGAGAUCCUCACACCGAGAUCCUCACCCCGAGAUCCCCACCCCGAGAUCCCCACUGAGAUCCUCACCGAGAUCCCCACCGAGAUCCUCAACGAGAUCCCCACCGAGAUCCCCACCGAGAUCCCCACCCCGCAUGCCGCAGUGCUUAAUCGGACCUCAGUCGGAUGUCGUGUCCCACGUUGA